AUGGCUACUUGUUCAACUGAUGUCUCCCUCUCCCUUAAGUGUUCUGUUUGUCUUGAGUUAUAUACUGAUCCACGUGUCUUACCUUGUCUUCAUACCUUCUGUCUUCAUUGUCUUGAGCCACUUGUCAAGAAUAACAGGCUCACUUGUCCUCAGUGUCGUGGUGAACACAGUGUACCAAAGGAUGGUGUAUCAAUGUAUCCAGUUGAUCUUUCACUGUUACCUGAGCUAGGAGAAGCAAAAGAAGAGAAGAAGAUAUGUGGAGAAGCAAAAGAAGAGAAGAAGAUAUGUGGUUCUUGUACUUCUGGUGAUGUUGCUGUUGGUUAUUGUACUGAUUGUGGUGAGUUCUUGUGUGAAUGGUGUCGUGAUGCUUCUCAUAAAAGAAACAAAGUGUUCCUAUCACACACUUUAGUAUCACUGGAGGAUGCUCCAGGUUUCCCCUCCUCCACUAGAGAUCAGCACUCUUAUUGUGACAAGCACACUGAUCAUAAGCUAGAAGUGUUUUGCAGGCCUUGUUCUGCUGUUGUGUGCUCAAUGUGUAUGCUUGAGUCAACACACAAACAACAUAAAUAUGACUUGAUUAAAAAUGUGAGUGAGGAGUUGAUGGCUAAGAUUAAAAGAAGUACCAAAAGUCUUGAGACAAAAAAGGAAGAAUUAAAGAGGAAUCUUAUUUUUGUGGAGACACUCGAAAGAACAGUGGAUAGUAGACACUCCCAGUUAGAGUCCGAAAUUAAUAAGUCUUAUGAUCACUGCAUUUCAAUAUUGGAGAAAAAGAAGAAUCAAUUGUUAUCUGAAAUUGAUGCUACUUUUACGCAAGGUAACAAGAAGAUUUGGAGUACUAAGAAUGACAUUGAGACAUUGUUGUUGCAAUUGGAGAGUUGCAGGUCAUUUAGUUUAAGGUAUCAAAAGCAAGGACACCUCUUAUCACUAACCAACCAACUCUUGAAGAACCUUGACAAGACUGAGGCUACAAAAAUCAAUUUUAGUUGCUUAGAAGAUUUAGCUUCUGUUCAAAAAGUAUUUAAUAAGUCAACAGAAUUUAAUGAACUAUCCUUGGGAAAGCUGUCGAGCGUUCAAAAAAUUUCCAUAAAAGUGAACUAAUUUUAAAAGAGGGGGGCCAAACAAUGCACACUGAUGCAAAUGCAUUUCAGUGUAAAGUAAAUACUCAAGUCAAAGUGUCCUAUAAACUUGUGGAGCCGUUUGCAAGAGUUUAUUCCUGGAAAUGUACUGUUGAGGACAGGCAUUGUUCCCCUGGUAUCAUGCGGCCAAACAAGAACACCUUUGGAAGGCGUCGUCUGUCUAAAAAGGCUAUGCCCAUGCGAAGCUAUUGUUCCCCUUCUCCGUUGGUUAUUCAUUGUACACCUUUUAGUGAUAAUGAACUUAUUAUUGACUGUACUCCUACAACAAGCAAAAAAUAUUAUUUCACUUUGAAGGCAUCUGGUGAAAGAGUUUGCAGUUUUAGCCUCUAUACUGUGAAUAAUUAGAAGUUAAUUUGUGUAUUUUUGCUAAAACAAUGUAAUGGUUUAAAAUUAUACUAUACUACGAUAAUAAACUUUUGUAAUUUAAUAAUUAUAUAUACUUCAUAUUCUUUUUUGUAA